AUGAGCGUCGUUCAAUUUGGCGUUGGUCUCGCUGUCGUUGUCUUUAUAUGGAUUCAGUUGAGCAAGCCUAAAAACUCUUCUCUGCCGCCUGGUCCGAACCCACUGCCGGUGGUGGGCAAUGUUGCCAACUUGACGGCGCACCAACUCUGGCUGAGGGCGACGCAAUGGGCCAAAGAAUACGGCAAUGUCGUGUACCUCCACGUCUUCGGCCAAGGACUGGUUUUCUUAAACAGCUAUGAAGCCGCCGUCGACCUGCUCGAGAAGCAGGGCUCGGUAUACUCGGAUAAACCUGGCCUCGUCAUGUGUGGCGAGCUAUGUGGCUGCGAGAACAUGGUCGCAUUCACGCGCUACGGCGACAAGUCCCGCCGCCAGCGCAGGCUCAUGCAGCAAGCGCUCGGCGUGAGCGCGGUCCGCACGUACCAGCCCUUGCUCGAGAUUGAAACGGCUGCGCUGCUCAAGAGGCUCCUCGCCGAUCCGCAGGACUACGUGGGCAAUGUGCGCCGCUAUGCGGGCGGCCUCACGCUGCUGGUCAUGUAUGGCUACCGCGCGAAUUCGAAGGAUGACCAGUUCCUCAUGCUUGCGGACACUUGCGUUGACCUGUUGUCCAACCAUAUCGCGUCGGGCGGCGGGAUCUGGCUCGUUGACAUCUUCCCCUUCCUGAAGCACCUUCCGCUAUGGUUCCCUGGCGCCGGCUUCAAACGCAAGGCAAUCGAGUGGAAGGCAAAGAUGGAAGAGUUUGUUAACAGGCCAUACGAGUUACUCAAGCAGCGCAUGAGAGAGGGAACGGCCGUCCCAUGCUUCUGCUCUACGCUCCUGGAGGAGCUGCAAGACAGAAACGAUAAGGCCGUCGAUGCCCAGAAGGACUUUGACAUUCGAUGGACCGCGAACUCGAUGUACUCUGCGAGUAUUGAUACCACAAUCACCAUGGUGAUGCACUUCAUCCGGGCGAUGGUUUUGCACCCUGAGGUGCUCGUUAAGGUGCAGCAGGAGAUGGAUACAGUGGUUGGCCAGGGUCGCCUGCCGACCUUCAGCGAUCGCGUGUCGCUGCCGUACCUGGAGUGCGUGAUGAGCGAGUGUCUGCGCUGGGGCGCGCCCGUCCCGCUAGGUCUUCCGCAUCGUCUGACGGAGGAUGACGUGUAUCAGGGUAUGCACAUUCCGAAGGGAUCACUGGUGUUCGCUAAUAUCUGGAAUAUGAUGAGGAAUGAGGAGCUAUACCCGGACGCGCAGGCGUUCAAGCCUGAGCGGUUCAUGGAGGAGGCUGAUGAGCAAACGGCGAAGAGGCGCGAUCCGCGCAACUUCGUGUUCGGGUUCGGGCGCCGUCGGUGCCCUGGCAUGCACCUCAUGGAGUCGUCGUUCUGGAUCGUCAUGGCGUCGAUGAUCGCGACGAUGGACCUCGCGAAGGCGGUCGACGAGCACGGGAACGUUGUCGAGCCCGAGACUAGCUUCGACAACGCCGUCUUUAGGAUUCCGACUACGUUCAAGUGCGACAUCCGCCCGCGCUCUGAGCAAGCGCUCAGGAUCGUCCGACAGGCUGCGGAUGCUGCGUGA